AUGAAGCACAAUCUUCGUUGUAGAGCAGGCGGAGCCUGUAUCCGUUCCUUUCGGAAAUGAGAGAGGGAGAGCUUGAUUCAUUGCCUCAGCUUGAUGAGGUGCGCGCUACAAUCUUGGAAGUGGAGGCCAGCUGAUAAAACCUCUGCGGGUUUCCUAAAGCAUGCCCUUCUUUGCAAUCUGACUACUUCACAAAAUGAAGUCACGCAUUCUUUGCGCAGCUCUCCACAUAUUUCAGCUUCUUCAGACAGCUCAAUCCACUCCAGACUAUGUUGUGACCACAAUCAGACAUGUGAACGAAACUUCUGCAAACAUUGGCCAGUUUGUGAAGGCAAGCGGCCAAACCAGCAGAGCUUUCUAUGAGGGCCUCCUCUUUGUGAACAACCAUGCAGCAAUCAGCGUGUUGCACAGCAACGGCACCAUCCAGACGCUGGCUGGCAGUCGGAAGAAGGGCUACAACGAUGGCCCUGCAUUGACUGCCCUCUUCGAGAAGAUUGAAGGCGUCGAGGCAGACGAUGCAGGCAACCUGUACAUUGCCGAUGCUGGCAACAACGCCAUCAGGAUGCUCGAUAACAUGGGUUUUGUUUCUACAAUUGCCGGAAAGCCCACCACGAAGCCGGAACUGGAGCGGAGCGGGGGCGACCAAGGGCUCCUGAAUGGCCCAUCGGACGUGCUGCUGCGUCGCCGGCCGUGCAGCCUGCUCGUGUCUGACCUGGGCAACCACCGCUUGCUUAGCAUCAGCCUGCCGGCGUCCUCUUGCGUAUCGUCCACUGACGACGGCUGGACUUGGUUCGACUGCUUCGCUGUCAGCAUUCUUGUCGUCGCCGGUUGCCUGCUUUGGGAGCUCCUCCUCCGAACCUUUCCAACGUGGUCAGACGCGCUUGUCGCAGGGACUCGCAAUGUCUAUCAGCGCUUUUUCACUAGGGGCGCGGGUGAGUACGCUCCACCAAGAGACUUGCUGUAUGACGUGGAGGCACCCCCGUUGAUACACGUGGCAGAGCAAGAGCAGGCGCCGUCUACAGAUACGAUAUCGUCUUCUCCGGAGCAUCAAACAACGGUGCAGAUUGUGCAAGAGGCCGCUCCGGAAGAAACGCCUGAAGACGCCGCGCUCGCCGCCGCCGGAAGAAGCGCUUCCCCCAGUCCGCCGAUCCCCAUCAGCACUCCCCCGGGCGUGUCCAUCGAGCAGCUCGAAGGGAGCCCGUUGCAGGCCGGCGCCAGCUCGCAGAUCUUCUCGAUGUCGCCAGAGGGUUGGGAGAAGGUAGAAGAGGAAGUGAAAAGCUCCCCGGAAGCGACCGCCAGCCAUUUCGUCCCUGCUAGUACUGACACCCUGCGAGAGGACUACUUUGCGGAUCUGAACCCGCUCAGGAAGGAGAAGACGGAAGGGAAGGACUAGAGCGGCGGGGGUGGACACGAAGGGAAGUCGACGAGCGGCGUUCGAAGGAACUGUUGCUUCAUAAGAACCCCACAAAACAAAGUACCUUGCGCGUACUCAGUGGUAGGAUUUUGCGAAGGUGCUCUAAAUCCAGGAGAAACCGAG